ACAAUUCCUAUUGCGUCACAUGUCCGACGCACGUUGUACGUUAGCGGUUUAGCACUUAGCAAUUAGCUGUUAGCAGUAGUACAUACAAAUCUUCACAUGGCGAAUGGAUGCAAAGAAGUGUUGUUCACGCGUGGAACUGGACAGGUUUGUAACCAAAUAUUACAGAGUGGAAGAUGACAACUCGUGAACAUUUAAAACCUGCUAAUUUGUAGCUUUGGUAGACAUGUUAGGCUAGAUUGGAAAGCUAGAAACCAGAGCUAAGUGAGGCUAAGUUGGUAACAAAACAAAGAUCGGAAGGAAGAAAAUUUAUCUAUCACGGAUGACCUGGCAUGCAUCUUGAGGCGAGAGAUUAAUUUCUCAGUAAUGAGUUAUUGGAAAGACGCAAUAUGAAUAAUCUGUCCCGUGUGAUGCUGCAAACAUCCCUUCUUCAGAGCAAAGAUGCUGCUGUAGGUGUGUGUCAGGUCAGAAAUAAUGUGAUUUAAAGUAAAAAAUGAUCAGAGAUAAGGGGGCUUAAAGGCUAUACAUAAAACUACAUGAGUAGUUCACAAUCCUUUACAUAGGGGAGAGUGGGGUAAGUUGAGCCACCCCCUGUUUCUUGUAAAUGGUAAAAGAAAUUGAUCAUGUGACCAAAUAUUUAGGAGAUGGGCAUCAAUUCAUGGAGUCUGUGAAGGUUAGAAGCACAUGGGUGAAGGAAUUAGACAUUUAUUUCCAAAAAAACAUUUUUUACUCUUGAAAGUGAAUUUAGUCUUAUCACAAGUUUUAUUAGAAUUGUAUUCAGACCAAAAAAGAUCAUUUUAAAUUUGUUUUAUACAUCAAUUGUGGUAUCUAUGAGCUACAACAUGAGGUCAAAAACCGAGCACAAAAGUCCACCAUUUUAGCUUAGGGGACUAGUAAAGUCAUAACAGUAGUGCUGGGGUAAGUUGAGUGAGCGGCUCAACUGAGAAAGCAAAGGAGUCUGAUGAGAGAAUCAGAGUUUCGGUUCAGAUUGUUAAAAUGUGUUACUUUUUCUUGUCAAAAAUACAGCUGUGAAUGUUCUGAAUCACUUAAAGGCAUUCUCAUGUUAAAACAGCUUUUUACAAAAACUGCUUUUUAGCAGUUAUAUGCAAUAAUAAUAAAAAGAAUCAUUGUACCAGUUGAAUAGCUUAAAAUAGAUAAAAAUACACAUGAAUGUCAGAGAGUGACUGUUAUUCAGUGAGAGAGAAGGUGAGGGAGGGCUGGGGUGGGUAGUAGUGAUACGGCUCAACUUACCCCGCUCCUAUGGUCAACUUACCCCAUGAAUGGGGUAAGUUGUUUACACUCAUUCUGUUGGUUUGCAGGGAUGCACAACAUCUUAAAAUAUAUGCAGAUACACUAGUUAGAGACAAAACUAUGAUUGCCUUGAUGUAGUGAUCCGAAAUAUGAAAUACGGCUCAGCUCACCCCAAACUCCUCCAUGCCACUUGUGUCGUUAUUGCAUUGACUAGAUUAAUCUGUAAUCUCAAUCUGCUGCUUUUUUUUUCUUCAGAGUGAUGAUUCAGACAUAUGGGACGAUACAGCACUGGUGAAGGCUUACGACAAGGCAGUUGCGUCAUUCAAGGUAAAAUAAUGCUUUGUGGGUUGUGUUAUCAUGUUUUUUUUAAUGUUUAUCUUUGAUUUCAUCACUUACAUCCUUGCUCUUGCUUUGUGCCUAAGACUGCUUUGAAGGGUGAAGGAGAACAGCAAUCCUCUAAGAAAAACCAGCCAGGAAAAAAACGCAAGAGUAACAAGAAGAAUCAGAGCAGGAAAAGGACAAAUGCACCGCCGGAGAAAGAGGUGUGUAAAUAUGAUUAAAAAAUAAAAACUUUACAGACAGUGCAACACAAUCAACUUUAAGGAAAUGAAAUUCAACAUACAGAUCAUUUAGUUGCUAUGUUCUACAAUACAUUAAGCAUUUAUAAUGAAGACCAGUUCAUCUUGGCAUUUGUAGAUUUGGUUCAGUUCAGACAAGACAGCUUGGUUUCAACUGGACCUUAAUAACAUUUCAUUGUGUUUUGUGUUUCAGUGGCAGGUUGGAGACUCGUGUUGUGCAUACUGGUCAGAGGAUGGCCAGCUCUACGCAGCCACCAUUACCUCUAUAGACGAAAAGAGGGGCACCUGUGUGGUUGUUUUUACAGGAUAUGGCAACGAGGAGGAGCAGAACCUUGAAGACUUGCUUUCAGAGGUGUCAGAGGGUGAUGAGGAAACAAGUACAAAGGUAAAGGAAGACUUUGUUUUUGAUCUUGUGAAGCGCAACAAAAACAGUGUGCUCAUUAGCUUCUCAAUUCGACUUUAUGUUACUUGCUCAACAGCUCAACCAAAAUAUAUUCUGCAUCCCUUGAAUCCUUUAUGUCAGUCGGUGUAUUAUCUAAAUCCUUAACCGCAAAUAAAAUGCAUAUCAUCUUUAAAAGCAAGAUUUGGUAGGAUGACUAAACUUGCUCACAAUGAGUAUCGUGUUUUACUGUCAGUCAGAAUAAAAGGAAAACUUUGUAAACAUGCACAACCAAAAAAAAGGCAACUCAGUGAAGUAAAUUCCUUCUAAGCUGCCAUCCUUUUGUUUAACUAACUUGUAUUGAGGUUAUUAUGGUUGGUUUAUAACGGCCCUAGAAAACCAGACAUCAUUCUUUUUUAUUCUGCAACUAGCCAUUAUACAUUAUUUGGAGGGCAUUGCUGACAGAUGAGGUGGGUUUAUGCAAAGUGAGAUUAAUAUCAUUUACAGUACAAAAUCUUUAUCAAAUUAUUGCCCCUGGAAAGCGAUGAAUAUAAUAAAUCGCUAUCUUACUUUGUCAUCAAUCUCGUGAUUAAUUUUUAUUAAGUUAAGCACUUGCAUCUUCAAUGGAUUUGAAAUUAAUAUGGCUGUAAAUAUGUUGAUACUUCUCUGUUUGUUUUUUUACUGCAGCAUUUUUGUUCCAAAGCCAAGCUCUGUGUUCUCUCCAAAAUGACAAAUUCAGAUCAAAGGAAAUAUAUUUGUGUCUCCUGUGAAGGCAAAUGAGGCAGAAUCAUCAACAGAGGAGAGUGACAGGUCGACUACAUCAAACCAGCACAAACAACAGCCCCACAGUAAACCUCAGAAGUCCAAAACCCACAAAGACACCCCUCCUAUGUGGGCCCCUGGAUUUCCUGGGUUUCCUCCAGGCCCACCUCCAAUGCACGCUUUCAGACAGGUUAGAAGCAUGACUGUCUCUCUGUGCUCAAAAGUAACUGAUAGGUCUUCGCUUUGGAGGGUUAUUUAAUCAAUUUAAUUGGUACUGAAAUCAUUCAAAGGACUUUUUUAUGUUCUUGGAUCACAGAAUCACAGUGUAUUGGUUGUAAACAUUUUAUGUUUGACUCUUUUGUCCCCUUCCAGAGAGGAAACAGACAAAGUGGUGAUCAUGGGCCUGUACCUCCCCCCUGGCCUCCCAUGAUGCCAUUUGGUCCACCAGUGAGUUGCACUAUAUCAUUACACCACUAACAGUAAAGUAACGACAGAUACGACUUCAUGUUAGCAAAUGUAUGCAGGAAAAGCUUCUCUUUACCCACUAACAUGCCAAAUGAAGAGACGGCAGCUGGUUCAUGUCGAUAUUUCUGCUGCAGAUGAUCCCACCACCUCCUCCAAUGAGCCCUGACAUGGUGGAUGACGAGGCCUUAGGCAGCGUGCUCAUCUCCUGGUACAUGAGUGGAUAUCACACAGGCUACUACCUGGUAUGUUCACGGAGACCAACUGAUUUACUCUGCACCAUAAAUGAGAUUUCCAGCUUUCAUUCAGUUACAGUGUCUUGCAUUAUGCUGUGAAAAGAAGUGGGUGUUUGUGGCAAUUUAGAUGCCGUUUUUUUUUCUUUUUUGGUUAAGAUAGUCCAUUAUCGCACUCAUGCUUCUUGGCUAAGAGGCUUUCCAUCAGAUGCCUCCAGCUUCAUUGUAGGUGGGAGUCCUUGAUAUUUCAAAGGAGAGAUACAUGACAUAAACAUCAUGUUUUUUGUUUUUGUCCUAAAGGGCUUGAAGCAAGGACGAAAAGAGGCUGCCAAUUGGACGAAGCUGCACCACAAAUGAAACGAUCAACUAAAGAUGUCUUAGUUUCAGUUACACAGCACAUUACUGCAGUCCUCCACUGUGGUGCCCGAUGUGUUUUCUUUAUGUCUCAGAUGAAGAUUAUUAACAAAUUGUACCUGAAGGACAUUCAUCAGAGUUCAAGGAGGGGAGUUUUGUAUUAUUUUGUAAAUAGAUUGAAUAAAGUCUUUUGGAGCACAGUUGAAAA